AUGAGAUAUAUAGAUAGAUUACAACCUCCUGCACCGAGUGAGCUUGCAAGAAAGCACUCUUUAAGUGCAAAGAGAGUAGAGCAUAGAGAACAAGACAAAGAUACUUUUAUACUAAUCAUCAAUGAGAUUCAAGAUAACUUGGAUUUAAUAUGUUUGCUGAUGACAUGUAGAUCAUUUUACAAAGAAUUUCAAGAAAAGUUCAAGAGUACUCUACAAUUUAAAGAUAUUUCGAUGGUCACCGGUCCACCAUUCACAAAAGAAAGAAGUAUUUUAAAUCACAUGGUAGAUAGAAUCAAACUACGCUAUCCUAUGAAAGGAUUUGAAUCGUUGCUUCAAAAUGCUUUGGCUGAUCAAAUGAUUCAAGGCAGAACGGUAUCAUUUAAAAGUACAGUUACGACUGGUAUACCCAUCACAAAGGUUUAUAUUGAAGAUGCUGAUUGUUCAAAGAAACUACCACCACCACAGACAACAAAGCAUCUCAUCAUACAUGGAUGUACACAAACUAUAUUUCAAGACAAAGAUUGGUUUCCACCUGAAUUGGAUAGUCUAUAUUUGUCCAAUGCUGGUGAGCAGUCUAUUAUGGUUAUAAAUCUACCCGGCGAUUCACUUACUUAUCUCAGUCUUGGAGGAGUGUUUAACGAAAUCAAUAUACCGAGGAAUGUGACAACUCUAGUCCUAGAUCUAUUAAUAAUAGAUUUUAACUUGAUACACGGACUGUCUGGAAACACUACUGUUACAUCACUCAAGCUUGGCGGUAUUGUAUCAAUGAACAACACCUUCCAAUUCCCAACCAACCUCAUCAAACUCACACUCAAAGAAUCACCCUAUGCCAAAUACCUCCCACACACAUCUACACCAUGGUGGAAUUCAUCUCCUGAGACUACCAUCAUUCUAGACAAUCUCUUGUCACUCGAGACCCUUAAACUAAAGAGUACGAAUGGCAAAUGCCUUCCCGAUAUCAAGAAUCUCCCAAGACUAAAACAUCUCAGAUUGCUGUGUUCAAACGCUCACUACAAAACAAGUGAUCUACCAGCAUCUCUUGAAACUUUGAAAUUAUCUUCUUCAAAAACAAUAGAUAAUCUAGGGGAGGAGAAAGAUGGAAAACUUUUACCUCUAGGGUUAAAAGAUAUUUCAAUCUCUGAUGAGGUUAAUUUCCUCCCCUCUACACUAUUAUCUCAUUGUAAACAACUUGAAAGAUUGGAAACAGAUAUAGGUAAUGCCGAUCGAUUCCACUUUAUAGAUUCAAUUCAACAUUUAAAGAUAACUUAUGAAAAUGAUCGGUUUGACAACACCACUCAACAUAUUAGACUACCAAAGAAUCUGGUAUCAUUAGAGUCGUGUAGUCGAUAUCCGUCUUUGUUACUUCGACAACAACAACUACCUACAACAUUGACAACAUUAAAUGUACACCGAUUCACAGGUCUAACAUCUAAGGUUAAACACCACACGACCACCAAACAAGCAGUAUGGACAAUGUAUAGACCAAUCUUUUACCAUUGGAAACAAUGUACUACCACCAAAUGUAGAGACAUUGGAUUUAGAGUUAAUGCCAGACUAUUCUCUCCGAAUUGA